AUGACCAUUCUUAAAGCUUCAGUGGUCUUUGUACUAUUUCUGGUCGCAUUUGCUGUUGCUUUUUCAAUGAUAUUAAGCGAUAUGACAAUAUUCCGUGGGUUUGAUAUCGCAAUAGUUACAGUAUUAACCAUGAUGACUGGAGAGAUUAAUUAUGCCGAUACCUUCAGCCAUUUAAGUAGUACAGGAAGAUUGACUGGGUUUAAAGUUGAAUUAUUACUUUUUGGAAUUAUGGUUAUUGUUAUUAACAUUGCAUUUGCAAACUUGCUGAUUGGUCUUGCCGUCGGUGAUAUAAAUGAAGUCAAAGAAACAGCUAGCUUAAACCAAGCUAAAAAUCAUUUUCAGUUAAUUAUUGGAUCAUACGAAUCAUAUCCGAUGUUCAUUAAAAAGAUUAUGCAUAGUCCAGGAUUAACUAUCAGGAAAGAUAAACACUCGAGCUAUUCGCAAAAGCAAAUUUGGCAUAAUUUAACUGCCAAAUUAAAAUUCAUUCAAGAAGAUAAAAAUGAAGCUGAUCAGGAAACUAAUUUGAAAGACUUGAAAGCUCUCGUUUUAAGGCAACAAACGGAAAUAAGUCGGUUAAAAGAUUUAAUUGAAGACGCAAAAUCAGAUAUUAACUUUCAUGGCAAUAUCAACCGCACUGAAACCAAAAAACUGAUUGAUCAAGUCUUACAAGCAGUUAAAGCCGAUGGAAGUGAAAAAUAUUCCUUCGGCUAA